AUGCAGCCGGCUGAGUUCCUCACAGCUCGGACGUGUUUGACCAGAGCUGUGUUCAAAACUGGACCUAGAUGGUCAGGGUCGCGCGUUUUGUCUGAUAGCUUGCCCUGCCAUUCAAUAUCGAACUGUCUGCAGCGCAGGAGAUUAUCCCACCAAGCCUUGUCAUCAUGUCCGAAGGGCAGAGAUUACCAAAACCACAGGACCACGCCGCUCAGAAAGAAAUAUAGCACUCAAUGCAACAGCUCUCCUGUAGCUCGGGCACGCAGCUUCGGAACAAGCUGGUCUAUUGCAGGUCUCUCCGCGGCAUUUGCCGUUACCGCCGUAGCGGUAGCAUUACAUGAAGACAAAUCCGAGUUAUAUGUGGAAGCACCCCUCGAUCGCAGAUUUGAUAGCAGAGAAGACGGCAAAAAAGUUUGGCGUCUGGACGAAAUUCGUCAACAUGGCCCAGACGCUGAACGGCCGUGGAUAAUCAAGGGAACUGGGGUUUACGACAUCACCGAUUGGAUUAGCUGUCACCCUGGGGGAAAGAUCAUCCUACGCGCGGCGGGAUCAGCUGUCGAGCCCUACUGGGACAUCUUCACCAUCCAUAAGAGGGAAGAUGUAUACCAGAUUCUGGAGCAGUACCGCAUUGGCGACGUGGACCCGCGUGACCUUAUUGACGGACAGGUACCGCGUGACUCCAUUGUCGAUCCGUUUCGAGAUGAUCCUCAGCGCCACCCUGGCCUGGUUGUUUUGACUGCGCGGCCAUGCAACGCGGAGACACCGCCAUCCGCAUUAUCAUCUUUCAUCACGCAGACACCCUUGUUCUAUGUUCGGCACCACUUCUGGGUCCCUCAGAUCGAUGAAUCGUCGUGGCAAAUCACCAUUGAUCUCGGCGAUGGCUCCGACGCAAAAACAUACACUCUCAAUGACCUGCGGACCAAAUUUCCGCAACACUCCAUCACAGCCGUGGUCCAAUGCUCUGGCAACAGACGCACUCAUAUGUCUGCAGGUUCGGGCCGUGAGGCGAGCGGCCUGAAGUGGGACGUUGGUGCCAUUAGCAACGCCCAAUGGCGUGGCCCUCUCCUGCGUGACGUCCUCCGAGACGCGGGACUUGACCUAGAGCGAUUUCCAGAAGAUCUGCAACAUGCACAUUUCACCAGUGAAGAUUCGUAUGGCGCAUCCAUACCACUGGAUAAAGCCAUCGAUCCACGCGGAGACGUGAUUCUUGCCUGUGAGAUGAACAAAGAGGUCCUGCCUCCGGAUCACGGAUACCCAGUUCGAGUAAUUGUUCCCGGCAGCACAGGUGCACGGAGUGUCAAAUGGGUUAACCAAAUUACGCUCUCGAACGAGGAGAGCCCGUCACAAUGGCAACAGCGAGACUACAAAUGUUUCGGUCCGAAUGAAUUGCGCGAAAAAGUUAAUUGGAACAAGGCCCCCGCUAUUCAAGAAACACCAGUGCAAUCAGCGAUCACGGCGAUCCGACAUGAACCCGAUUCAAUGGUUGUGGAGGGCUACGCAUUUUCUGGAGGCGGUCGGAGGAUCAUCCGAGUCGACGUCAGCGUGGACAAUGGCCAAACUUGGCAACAAGCUCAGAUUGAGCCCCAUGAGCAGGGAGGACACAAAGCAUGGAGCUGGUCGUUAUGGAAUUAUCGUUGUCCCCCCCCCACUGGCAGGCAAUUUUGUCAUCGUCAAGGCCGUUGA